AUUCACAGUGGAAUACGCCUAUUUAGGAUCGGCGCCGAGUAUACUGAAACCAGGUGAGAGCUCGAUGGGCUUCGCUGCAAUAGGUCGUAAGUUUGCAUUCAAGUUUGUUUAGGCUGCCGAUGGCUAAAGCCCGAAGCUGCCGUGAUAUUGCGCUCAUAUCAACCCGCACGACUGGCGUAUAGAAACGAGCCAGUCAUUCUCUGGCGUAUAAGGAGGUUCAAUCCGUCCGAGAGAAAGCCGGCUUCGUCCAUGGCUUCUGGUGCCCUGAACUUUGUACUUCGGAAUAAACCUCGAGGUUUGUGUAAAGGACGUCUCCAUUCUACCAUGGGAGAAUAUUUACUGAUAGCCCUGGCUACACUGGGAGGCGUUAUAUCAGGCGCAGCCCCCAAGUGCUGGCCGAGGGACUAUGGCUUUGGCAGCCCUGUGUGCGUGUGCAGCAUGACGCACUGCGACUUCAUCGGUGACGUAGGACCUCCGCCUAAGGGCAAAGCAUUUGCCUUCGAGAGCAACAAGGCUGGCCUCCGCUUCGCCCGAACCAUCUUGCCCCUCAAUUCAAUGAAUUCGCCAGGAGAGGAAAAGGAAGUCCAGCAGUUGACAAUAAAUCCACCCGUUAUCGAUAAUCGUGGUGCCGGAAACAGCACUGUGGUUCUUGUGAUAAACGAAAAAGAAAGGUACCAAAGCAUAUUUGGGUUUGGAGGUGCCUUCACCGACGCCGUGGGAAUAAAUCUGAAAAACCUGCCACACAAAAUGCAAGAUGACGUUAUCAAGUCCUAUUAUUCGAAAGAAGGGCUUGACUACACCAUUGGCCGGAUCCCGAUGGCCAGUACUGACUUUUCAGUGCGAAAGUACACCUACGACGAUUUCCCCGGUGACUUCGAACUGCUCAACUUCACUCUCACCGAGGAAGAUUUUCAGCUUAAGAUUCCAUAUAUCAAAAGAGCGAUGUCUAUGUCGACAAAGCCUAUCUGGUUCUAUGGAAGCCCCUGGAGCAGCCCCGCUUGGAUGAAAACCAGCAAUAGUUUGGCUGGGCGAGGGUUUCUCAAAGGAAGAACGGGAGGACUCUUCUACAAGACCUGGGCAAGGUACUUUGUCAGGUUUGUCCAAGAGUACGAGAGACAAGGGGUUCCCAUGUGGGGUCUGACGACGCAGAACGAGCCAACGUCCGGCAUCGUACCACUCUAUCCCUGGCAGGCUAUGGGCUUCACGCCUCAAACACAGAGGGACUUCAUCAAACAGGAUCUGGGGCCGGAGUUGACAAAGGCAGGCUAUGGCCCGCACAGGCUGAAACUCAUGAUUUUCGACGACAACCGUAUUGGAAUGUGGUACUGGGCGAACGUGGUACUGGGCGACCAUGAAGCAGCCAAAUACGUCAGUGGAGUGGCUGUACAUUGGUACAAGAACUGGCUAAUGGGACCUUGGGUAUUGAACAUGGUACAUAACAGCUUCCCGGGAAUGUUUAUCUUGCCUUCUGAGGCCUGCACAGGUUAUAAUAGUAAGCUCGAGUACAAGGUGAUGCUGGGCAGUUGGAGUCGCGCCGAGGAGUACGCCACCGACAUACUCCAGAACCUUAAUCAUUGGGCUAACGGCUGGACGGACUGGAACCUAGCUUUGGAUACUCAAGGCGGCCCCAACUGGGCUAGAAAUUUCGUCGACUCGCCCAUCAUAGUGAACGCUACUGCUAAAGAGUUCUACAAACAGCCAAUGUACUACGCCUUAGGCCACUUCAGCAAGUUUCUCCCGCGAGGCAGCAUCAGGAUUGGCUUGCGUCUUAGUCGAAGUACAGAGAACCUCAGCUACGGAGCGUUCCUGACACCAGAAUCGGCUGUCGUUGUGAUCGUCCUCAACGGAGGCGAAGAAAGAGUCAUGCUCGAAAUCAAAGACAAGUAUGGUUCUGCAAACAUCAGGAAAGUCAUCGAAGAACGGUCGAUAACAACGUUUAUCUGGCGGUUAUAGCUGUCAUGCCUGCCCUCAACGGUCGCGUUUUCCGUCUACCGAAAGCAUUUCCUUUUCUCGCGUUCAUGCCACUGUAUACUUGUCCCAAUUGCCGAAAAAAAAAGUUAAUUCAAUGCGACAGUAGGGCGCAAUAUUUAUUGCUAUAAAUUCUUCGUUUAAUAUUAGAGCGUCUCUAAGAGUAAACUGCGACUUAUAUAAGGAACGUAUGCUACCAAGGACACAAGGGGCAUAAGGUGUCUGACAAGCUGUCGUAUUAUCCUAAGUUACGUUACAACUAGAGAAUGCAUUGACGUCAAACAUAAAGCACAAAAAAAGCAAAUAAAGUUUUCU